AUGCUAAAGGAUACAGUUCUUAUGUGUAAUAAAAACCUGGAGGAUAUGGAUUGCAGAGUCACCAAGUUGGAAAAACUAUAUGAAGAAAGUCUGAUUAAGUGCGACACUAAAAUACUAGAGGACACAAUUAGUGAACUUAAGGUCCAACUUAAUGAGAGAGAUCAGGACCUCCUCGUCAAGGACCUGGAGAUAUCGGGAUUACUGGAGCAAAAAGGUAAAAAUCCUGUCAAUACCGUGGCUGUGCGCUAA